CGGAGGAAGGGAGAGAGAAAGAGAGAGUUUCUCACAAGUAAGCUGCUAUCAGUCUGCCGGGGGAGAGCGUCGGAGGAGCCAGUGAGCAGGUUGUGCACCCCGGGAUUGUGGAAUCUUAAAAAACGCAGAGCCGGAGGUGUCUGGUGACCAGGAUCUGCACAGGUGCAGAAGAAGAGAAGGGACCACGUUGUGUGUGGAAAAAGAUUGACAGUUUCUUUUUUACGUCAGUUAACAUCCCCGAGCAACCGUCGCCAUGGCAGCUGAGAAAGCUGAAAUGGAUACACUGAAAAAGGAGUGCGAUGGCCUCCGCGCAACGAUUGAGACGGCCCGCAAGGCUGUGAAUGACGGCGGCAUGUCAGCAGCAGCAGGAGGGGCGACCGAAGUGGGCCGAGUCCAGCUGAAGCUCAGGAAGACACUCAAGGGUCACCUGGCUAAAAUCUAUUCCUUGCACUGGUCCGAAGACUCUAGGCAAAUGGUCAGUGCAUCACAGGAUGGCAAGCUUCUCGUCUGGGACACUUUCACAGGGAACAAGCUGGUUGCCGUCCCACUAAAGUCAGCUUGGGUGAUGAGCGUCGCCUUCGCCCCCUCUGGUAACCUGGUGGCCAGCGGUGGUCUGGAUAACAUGUGCACAGUGGCUAACAUCAAGGCCGCCAGCCCCAAGACCCUCAGGGAGCUGGACGCACACACAGGUUACCUGUCUUGCGCCCGUUUCCUUAGCGACACUGAGAUCCUGACAGCCUCCGGUGACACCACCUGCUGUCUGUGGGACCUGGAGACUGGCAAGCAGAAGAUCAUCUUCACCAACCACAUUGGAGACUGCAUGUCGCUGGCUCUCUCCAGUGACAUGAACACCUUCGUCUCUGGAGCCUGCGACUCUCUGGCCAAGCUGUGGGACCUGAGGGAAGGGACCUGCAAGCAGACCUUCUCCGGACACACCAGCGACAUCAACGCCAUCUCUUACUUCCCGGGUGGAAACUGCAUCGUCACGGGCUCCGACGACUGCAGCUGCAAGAUGUACGACCUGCGCUCCGACCAGGAGGUGAUCAGCUACCAGGACAGCAGCCUGAACGCCGGCGUCACGUCUCUGACUCUCUCCAACUCAGGCCGCCUUAUCUUUGCCGGCUACGACGACUUCAACUGCCACAUCUGGGACUCACUGAAGGGAGAGAAAGUUGGUGUGCUGUCCGGCCAUGACAACAGGGUGAGCUGCACCGGCGUCCCCAUUGACGGCAUGGGCGUCUGCACAGGAUCCUGGGACAGCUUCCUCAAACUGUGGAACUGAGGCGUCCCGGCGGAGGAAAAACACCGGGCGAGGAAGAGGAGGAGGUGGAGGAGGAAGAGGAGGAGGAGGAGGAGGAGAGGAAAAGGAGGAAAGGGAGAGGAAAAGGGUGAAGACAGUGAGGAGAAGAGGAAAAUAAACUAGGAGACAAGGAAGUUUGGAGGAUAUUUGGUGCAGUUGUUUGAGCACAGAUCUUCCUCUUUUCUCUCUCCUUCUCUUCCUCAUUCAUGUAUGCAAAAUAUGAGAGGUCGCAAAUGAGUCACGUUGUAUAAAUGGCAUCAGGUAAACAGUGCACGAUGCAUCCCGCUGCAUCUACGAGAGAGGUUUAUUGUUGUCGGGACGAUUUAAACGCUGAAAAAAAAAAAAAAAUAGCACAUUAUUCAAAAUGAUUACAGGGCAGAAGAUAAGCUCUUAAUGAGAAUGUCAAUUAAACACAGAAUAGAUUGUUGACAAUAACAAAAGAAAGAACACUUGAAUAUUGAAAAUAAGACUGUAGGAUUACAGAUUUAUUUUUAUUGUCUUUGACCUGUAAAAGAGCCCUGCACUUAUUUAGAUUGAUAUGUACAUUUAUUUGUAUUUUAUAGUUUAACGCAUUAGGAUGGAGAGUUGAUGUACAGUGUCUUUAUUUUUUCUUUAUUUUAUUUUAUUUUUUUGGGCUGCACAUAUAUAUACAAUAUGUGUAUGGUAGAGCUGCCAUCUUGGGUCCCCUGCUAACAACCAGCAGACUUUGAUCCAAGAUGGCCGCUGCUGUUUCCCCGUCUCACCGUGAAAAUUCGAUGACGUACCCAGACGAAUGAGGGUUCGAAGUUGAAGCCAAAUACAGGCUGCCGGGUGGCGGUCUUAACCGUGAAACACUCUGUAAAGACCCGUUAACUUCAUUUUACUCCCCUGGGUUCAGCUGCAUUUUGUAGUACUUUUACACUCGUGCAGUUCCUCUGUAAAAAGACGAAAUGUUUGUUGAAAAUCUUUCUAAUAAACAUAGAAUUAUGCAUUA